ACUAUUCGGUGGCGAUCGUGGGGGUCGGGGGCGUGGGUUCGGUGACCGCCGAGAUGCUGACCCGCUGUGGGAUCGGAAAGCUGUUGCUGUUUGACUACGACCGGGUCGAGUUGGCCAACAUGAACCGACUGUUCUUCCAGCCCCACCAGUCGGGUAUGUCUAAAGUGAUGGCCGCUCACCACACGCUCGCCGCCAUCAACCCGGACGUCCAGUUCGAGACGUAUAACUACAACAUGACGACUGUCGACAACUUCGCCGACUUCUUGACGCGCGUCCAGUCGGGAGGAAUCGGCGGACGACGCGUGGAUUUGGUGCUCAGUUGUGUCGACAAUUUCGAGGCGCGAAUGGCCAUCAAUACCGCGUGCAAUGAGUUGAGCCAAACGUGGUUCGAGUCGGGCGUCAGCGAGAACGCCGUCUCCGGACACAUCCAGUUCCUCACUCCCGGACAGACCGCCUGUUUCGCUUGUGCGCCGCCAUUAGUGGUCGCCUCUAAUAUCGACGAGAAGACGCUGAAGAAGGACGGCGUGUGUGCGGCGAGUCUGCCCACGACUAUGGGUAUUGUCGCCGGUUUUCUC